AUGGUUGAUUUUCUAGCUGAAAACAAUCUCUGUGGUCAGGCAAUUCUUCGGAUUGUCUCCUGUGGAAAUGCCAUCAUUGCAGAACUUUUGAGACUUUCUGAAUUUAUUCCUGGUGUUUUCAGACUAAAGGACAAGGCUGAUCAACAGAAGUAUGGGGAUAUUAUAUUUGAUUUCAGUUAUUUUAAGGGGCCUGAGGCAUGUGAAGGCAAACUGGAAGCCAAACCUGAGUUACUGGAUUUGGAUGAAGAAUUUCGUGAAAACAACAUUGAAAUUUUGACAAGAUUUUAUCUAGCUUUUCAGAGUGUACAUAAAUACAUUGUAGAUUUAAACAGAUAUUUAGAUGACCUCAAUGAAGGAAUUUACAUUCAGCAAACAUUAGAGACGGUCCUCCUUAAUGAAGAUGGAAAGCAGCUUCUAUGUGAAGCGCUCUAUUUAUAUGGAGUCAUGCUACUGGUCAUCGACCAGAAGAUUGAAGGAGAAGUCAGAGAAAGAAUGUUGGUUUCCUACUACAGAUACAGUGCAGCCCGAUCCUCUGCUGAUUCCAAUUUAGACGAUAUCUGUAAACUGCUUCGAAGCACUGGAUACUCGAGCCAACCUGGAGCUAAAAGACCUCCAAACUACCCCGAGAGUUACUUCAGCAGGGUACCCAUAAGUGAAACGUUCAUUAGCAUGGUUAUUGGCCGCCUACGGUCAGAUGACAUUUAUAACCAGGUUUCAGCAUAUCCAUUACCAGAACACCGCAGCACUGCCUUGGCUACUCAGGCUGCUAUGCUCUAUGUGAUACUGUAUUUUGACCCUUCUAUUCUUCACACUCAACAAGCAAAAAUGAGAGAGAUAGUGGAUAAAUACUUUCCAGAUAAUUGGGUGAUUAGCAUUUACAUGGGAAUCACUGUAAAUCUAGCAGAAGCAUGGGAACCCUACAAAGCCGCUAAAACUGCCCUCAACUACACACUGGAUCUUUCAAAUGUCAAAGAGCAGGCAAGCAGAUACGCUGCAGUCACUGAGCGAGUGCACGCUCAGGUGCAGCAGUUCCUCAAAGAAGGCUGCCUAAGGGAAGAGCUGGUGCUGGACAAUAUUCCCAAGCUGCUGAAUUGCCUCCGAGACUGCAACGUAGCAAUCCGCUGGCUGAUGCUUCACACUGCAGACACAGCUUGUGACCCAAAUAACAAACGUCUCCGCCAGAUAAAAGAUCAAAUUCUAACAGACUCAAGGUACAAUCCCAGGAUCCUUUUCCAGCUUCUUCUGGAUACAGCUCAAUUUGAAUUCAUUUUGAAAGAGAUGUUCAAGCAGAUGCUGUCAGAAAAACAAACAAAAUGGGAAAACUAUAAAAAAGAGGGAUCUGAAAGGAUGACUGAGCUUGCUGAUGUCUUCUCAGGAGUUAAACCUCUUACUAGAGUGGAGAAAAAUGAAAAUCUUCAGGCUUGGUUCAGAGAAAUCUCCAAACAAAUAAUGUCUCUAAACUAUGAUGAUUCCACUGCAGCAGGCAGAAAAACUGUGCAGCUAAUACAGGCACUGGAGGAGGUCCAAGAGUUUCACCAGCUGGAAACUAACCUGCAAGUUUGCCAGUUUCUGGCUGACACCCGCAAAUUUCUCCAUCAGAUGAUCCGAACUAUCAACAUUAAAGAAGAGGUCUUGAUCACCAUGCAGAUAGUUGGUGAUCUUUCUUAUGCUUGGCAAUUAAUUGACAGCUUUACAUCCAUUAUGCAGGAAAGCAUAAGAGUCAGUCCGUCCAUGGUAACUAAACUCAGAGCCACUUUCCUAAAGCUCGCUUCUGCUCUUGACUUGCCACUUCUCCGCAUCAAUCAAGCAAACAGUCCCGAUCUUCUCAGUGUGUCACAGUACUAUUCUGGCGAGUUGGUUUCCUACGUAAGAAAGGUUCUACAGAUAAUUCCGGAAAGCAUGUUUACAUCUCUUCUCAAAAUUAUAAAGCUUCAGACUCAUGAUAUUAUUGAAGUGCCUACUCGCCUUGAUAAGGACAAGCUACGAGAUUAUGCUCAGCUUGGACCAAGAUACGAGGUUGCCAAGCUAACCCACGCAAUUUCAAUCUUCACUGAAGGUAUCCUUAUGAUGAAAACUACUUUAGUUGGUAUCAUCAAGGUGGACCCAAAACAGUUACUAGAGGAUGGAAUAAGGAAGGAGCUGGUAAAGCGGGUAGCCCGAGCUCUUCACAGGGGACUCAUCUUUAAUCCAAGAGCCAAGCCAAGCGAACUGAUGCCCAAACUGAAAGAAAUGGCAGCUACAAUGGAUGGCUUCCAUCGAUCUUUUGAAUAUAUCCAGGAUUAUGUCAACAUAUAUGGUUUAAAAAUUUGGCAAGAGGAAGUGUCUCGUAUUAUUAACUACAAUGUGGAACAGGAGUGCAAUAACUUCUUAAGAACAAAGGUGCUAGUCAAAAACAAGAACAA